CUGUUUUAUGAAGUUGACAAACCAUUACUCCUGUCUUCAGUUUUGUCUUCUUCCCGUGCAGCAUUAUCAUCUCGAACAUGAUCUGUUGGCAUGGGCUUCAUGCUCGCUCGAGGAUUGGAAGACAAUUCAAGGUCCUUGAAUGGAUAAGUCCACGUGACAAAAUCGAUUGUUUGUGGUCACCAUUGAAGUUGUUUUUUCACGAGAAGCAUCCACCGUCGGCACUUGGCAGUGUGCUGAUACAACUCAAUGUCUUUAUGAAAUCCUUAUGGCAUUGAGUUCUCUCGAAUGGUGUUCCGGGGUAUGGAAGUGGUGAACUGGUGAUGAGAUGGCAUUUUUGCUCCUAUGCUUUACAUUUCCCUAGUUCGGUUUUGUGGAUAAUACUGAAGAAAAAAAGUUCUGGGUAGCAAGAUGAUCAAAAUAGGUGGGUCCCGCCAAUCAGCUAUGCUAGAUUUUUCAACAUGUUUAACGUCACAUUAACAGCUGAUAAAAAUAAAAGUUUGGGACUCGAUUGUUACUGAUACAAUACUUAGGGGCUAAAUUGAGAUUUCCCUUGUAAAUAUUGUCGAAUCCAACUCGAAGUUUCAGCACCGUCGAUUUCCGGGACCCACAAUCGAACGGUCCCCUUCCAUUAAGCGCCUGGCUAGUAGACUAGAGUUCAUUUAUUUAUUACUAUGUAUCCCCUCUAACGGUCACCAGCUAAAAACAAAUAGCUCCGCCAACGUUCACACACUCUCUGUCUCCUUCUCUGGCUCUCUGCAGUAACGGUUACAUUUCUUACACCCUCUCUCACAUCUGUCUCACAGUUUUUGGGGUCUUUAUUUCUCUCUCUACAAACCUUCUCUCUUCAUCUGAAAUCGUUUUGCUCCAUUUCUGGGUCUUACCGUUUUCUCUGCAAUGGAACCAGCAAAAAUAGAUUGGCAGAGAAUAGACUCUGUCUUUGUCGAAGAUAGAUUGUAUGAGAACAUGAAUGCACCCAAAUGGUUUGAUUUCUUUGCUCCUGAAGACUCCACUGAUGAUGAAGCCUGGUUUUGCAGACCUGAUUGUAACCAUCCAAAGACAGCUGAUGAUUUCUUUAAAACCACACCAAAUUCUAAGCUUUCAAGCUCAGGUGAUAAAGCUAGAAGUAGAACCCCUCUCGACGACAAGAAUCUAAGAGAUGCAAAAUUGAAGAGAAGGGGGCAAAGUCAGUCUUCAUUUACAUCAUGUGAUUAUAAAGCCAAAUUCAAUGAAGAUAGCGAAAAUCGGAAUCCAAAUUUAUCAACACCAUCAAAUUACCAGAAGUCUAUGAAACAAAUGAUCAAAUCAAGCAGUGAAAAGAACAGACCUAUUGAUGAUGUGCCACAAACCAGGGAAGAAUCAAGGCUAAAAAGCACGUUAUCGGCAAGGAAUUUGUUUGCAGGGAAAGAUAUAUUAGGCCAUAUUACUGAGUUUUGCAAUGAAUUGAAGAAGUUGGCAACGAGAGCGAGGGAAAAAGAGAGUUUAAAUGAGAAGGAGAGUCAAGUGGGGGAGAAAAAAGAUGGGGUAGUUGUGAAUGAGGGUUCUAGAGAGGUUUUGGGAGAGUUGAAUGUGAAGGAGAAAGAGAGAAAACCAUUGCUUAACAAUGAUAGAGAGAAACCCGAAGGACAUGAAAAGGGAAGCGCCAAGCAAGGCCGGAAGAAAAGAGUUAAUGAUACAGAGAACAUCCCAGUGCCUCUGAAUUUGGCAAAUGUGAAGAACAAAGGAGAGGAGCGCCUGCUGCAAAUUCGGACCAAUCCUCCUUCACCUCAAUGCUUUUCUGCCAACCGUGCACCCGCCAAAACUACCCCUUCGAAGGCUUCCAGGUCCAGGCUUACGGAAAGGGGAAUCCUUCAGGAACUGAAGAAGGAUAAGGAAACCACCGAGGACAGAAGUACUCCUUUCAUUUCUGUUGGAAAAGAAUCGAGAGCUUUGGAUGUUUUCUGGUUCCUGAAGCCCUGCACGACGCUCUCCAGCUGAAAUGUGGAAACACCCCCCCACCGGACCCCGGUUUUCCAAAAUUCAUUCUUUAAAAGAUUUUUUUAGUCCAGUUGAAACUGGUCAUUGCAUCUUGUUUCUUCUGGUAUUCAUACAUCCACACCUCCCAUUUUUUAAUUCUUGCUCUUUAAUUGAUUACCUGAUUCAUUUGAUGUCAAUAAGAGAAACUGUAAGGAAGCAAAUCCAAACUCAUUAUAGAAAAUAAAAUUUGUCUUUUUGAACUCGAAAGCUUGAGUGAUGCAAAUACACAACUGGCUCUUAUUUGGGGUUGUUGCUCUCCCUAGCCUAUGCUUAUAAUAAGAUGACUUAUUUGACAUUUCAUUAUCCACUGAGAAAGAAAGAAAGGCAUGCCAAGUUGAUUGAUGCUGGAAAAGGUGCAUUUUUAUAUAUGCAAACAAAGGAUGACUUCAAAUUGUUAUACGGCUGAACCAAGUUUACAAUCUUUUAGCCCCAGUCCUUAUUGGGUUAAACUCGAGCACCGAAUUUGCAGAAAACUUCACAUUUUGGAAUAGACGGGCACUGAUUUUUUUAUACCUUUUGAGGCAGCAUUCAUACGAUUUCGUAUGCAAUUAGAGUUUCUGAAGCAAAAGAUCAAUUGGGAAUCCCUUGUGUCAUCUUAAACCACCUCUCUGUGAAAAUCUUCGGUGCGAAGGUCUUCUCCGCUGGUAUCCAUCUUCCUUCUUGAACGUUAUCUAAAGCAUAGAUAUAUAGCAUUAAGGGUAGAUGCCAAACUUUGCCAUCCGAUUUCAGAAGCAUAUUGCCGCGUUUUUUGUCCUAACAAAAAGGAGCCCCGGGGGCGUCAAGAGCGUCAUCUCUUUGUUUUUUUUUUUGUUUUUGCUUCUGUUUUGGAUGGAUUAGGUUCCAUACUAACCAGUAGUCAUCCCCCCCUUAUUUAUCUUCAUCCUAACUCCUAUGGCGUAUUCAUUUGAUUUUUUCUUCUUCAUCUACCAAAAUCUCAUCGUUCUAUUAUCUCCCGUUCUCAUCUUCCAGGGAUAAAUAAAUAAAACAACUGUCCCAUUACUAUAUUAUUAUAACAGAAAAGAAGGCACCUAUCUAUCUUUAUCCCAAUCCUCAUUUUACAAUCCUUUAGUUAAUAAUGUUCUGGCAAAUGACCUUCCUUUCUCAGGGGAAAUGAACCCAAAACAAACCCAGAAUUCCGAAUUUCGCUUCAUCUUGAUUGAUCAACAAAGCAAACCCCAUCACCAAACCCUAGUUUUUACAUGGACAAGGAAUUACACAAAGAACAUCCUUUAUUUUAUUAUAUAACAUCUUUGCAGUUCUCAAACAUUUCUCUGUAAUACAUAAUCCCGCACAAAGUUAUAAACACGACCAGAGUAACAACAACGUAUUGCAAUCUAAAUCAGUUCUGAGACAAUAAAAAUAAACCAGAGAGAGAGAGAGAACGUACAUGAAGAACAUCCUCUUCUAAUCUAACCUAAAAUUGCAAAGCAAAAUAUCCAAGACCCUAGACCACACGUGCCUUGCACGUGGAUAGAGUCUGCCAGUGUAAACUCUCGACUCCCUCAACAGAUCUUCCAUGGUUUCCACAAAGAGAUUCAAGCUCCUCACAGGUGGAAUGUACAAAGUCAGAGGCACAGCAGAGAAAGCCACUGUAAAGAGAAGCUGCAACAUCAUGUAAUUAAGCCAAACCCACCAGAGAAGUUAUUUGUUAAAACCAAACUAUAAAGGGUCCUUGGUUAUCCAUACAAGAUAUCUGGAGUUCCAAAGACAAUCGGGAGAGAGUUUUUUGCCCCUUGUUUUUCUUGUAGAUCUUGCGCGAGUUUUGAAGGGGAAAGGGUUUGGAAGCUGCAGGUUUUAUAGAUUUGGUAAAACUCUUUCUUACCAAGGAAAGAGAGAUCAGACAGGCAGGAAGUUCCGGAACUCUGAAGAAGUUGAAGAUUGAUCUGUUCUCAUUACUACAAGAUAAGGACAAAAAAAACAAGAAACUUGAAGAUUAAAGAGAAGACUACAAGGGUAAUUACAGGACUAGUAGUGGGGUGUGGAUGGCUGACUAUUCACCAAUUAUUU